AUGUCAACUUGCCUCCACGUGCAAGAUCCCAGAAACAUUGCUAUGUCUCGUCCGCUCGAUUUUGCUGUGCUUAAAUACAAAAAUCAAAAGCUUGCGGAACAACUGGAAGUCCACAAAUUUGAGUUCCAUGCUCUUGAGAGUAGAUUUAAUGAUUUAAAAGAGAAACAGAAGACACAUAAUGAGACACUUGUCCUAGUCAAAAGUUAUUGGGAGCGACUCGUAGCAGAUCUGGGUAUAGUUCCUGUUUGCAAAAGUGAAUCUUCACAUUCAAGCUGCAGUAUAGGGAACAACAAUGUACGAAAGGACUUUUUAAAUGGACUUUUGGAGGCUGGUGCCACAGAAAGUUCAGGUUCUCCCACUUGCCAACUAGGAAAUGACGUCUCUUCAGAACAAUCAACAACAAUUGAUAUUCUGCAGAAGCUAUUCCUUCCAUCAAAUGGUCCAUGGCAUGUGAAUAACGAGUUUGUUUCUGCUGCUCUCACGAAGUUGCCAGAAAAUGAACACAGCAGUCAAUUGCACAGUGCUACCAGCGAUGUGUUAUCCAAGCUUCAUGUGGUGAUGUGUGCGGUAGAUAAUCUUCACUUGAAACACAGGCAGUUAGCAGGGAACUAUCAAAAACAAAGAGAUUUGAAUGCCUGGAACAGAGCUGAACAGAAACGUCUGAAAGAGGAGUUGACUAGUGUUGUUGCCAAGUUGGAAGGAAGUAAACAAAAACUGGCAGUACUGAAAGCACAGGGAGACAAUAAGCAAGCAACACCGAUCCUUGUUCCUACGCUGGGAAACAAAAAUAUGACUGCAGAAAAGGUGAGAGAUAAACAAACAGAACUGCAAGAUCUUGAAGCUACCCACAAGGAGUUAAUGGAGUUGAUUUCAAAGCGUUUGGAGGAAAUUAGAAGACUGCAUACAGAGAGAAUUGAAAUUUUGAACAAGUUAGCAGCUUUUCAGAAUAUACUGACGGAUUUCAAAAGCAUUCGCUCUUCCAAAGCUUUUCAACUUGUCAAUGACCAACUUCAGAAGUCACAAGCAGAACUUGAUGAUCAUCAAACAUUGUUAGAGAAAUUACAGGUUGAGAUGGAUACCUUUGUUUGGAGAGAAAGGCAAUUUAAUCAAAAGGUUGAUUUGGCUGAAAUCCCCCAGAAGGUUUCUGCAUACUGUGUAUCUAGAAUUGCUGAUCUUGAAAAGGAUGUGCAGAAACUAUGUAAUGAAAAGAAUAUGCUUGUGCUGAAACUUGAAGAGGCUUCGAGAGAACCUGGUCGGAACCAGGUUAUCUCGGAAUUUAAAGCUCUGGUGUCAUCACUACCGAGGGAAAUGGGUGCUGUGCAAAGUGAACUCUCCAAACACAAGGAUGCUUCCUUACAGUUGCAUUCCUUGCGAGCAGAAGUUCAUUCACUUUCUAGUAUCCGAACUAGAAAGGAACAAGAAAUUGAAGAAACGUCAUGUAGAUCUGCCCAUGCUGGAUCUGAUAUAAGCCAACUUCAAUCUCUGGUCCGUGAGUUGAGGGAAAAUACUCAGGAGCUUAAGCUAUUUGUGGAGUUGUAUAAGCAUGAGUCCACUGAUUCCAGACAGCUGAUGGAAUCGAGAGAUAGGGAACUCGCUGAAUGGGCUCGAGUCCACGUUCUCAAAUAUUCUCUUAAUGAAAGUAAAUUAGAGCAGCAUGUAAUUGCAGCCAAUGAAGCUGAAGCAAUCUCUCAGCAGAGACUGGCAACUGCUGAAGCUGAGAUUGCUGAAUUAGGGCAGAAGCUAGAAACUUCUAGGAGAGAUCUAGUGAAACAAUCUGAUAUACUGAAGUCUAAACAUGAAGAAUGUGAAGCGUACGUGGUGGAGAUCGAGAGCAUUAGCCAUGCCUAUGAAGACAUAAUGUCACAAAAUCAACAAUUGCUACAGCAGAUUAUUGAAAGAGAUGAUCAUAAUACCAAGCUUUUCAUGGAGGGUGUUAAAGCAAAACAAUCACAUGAUGCUUUGCAUUUGAAAGUGUGCUCGUUGCAAAGAAAUUUGCAGCAUGCAAGUACUUUGAUGGAUCUGUGUAACCAGAAAAUUAUCCGCCUAGAGGACCAGCUAAGAGGUUGGUCAGAGCGGUUGAGGAGACUGUCAGAGGAUGGAAUGCAGCAGUCUAUUUCAUUGGGCAAUUCUCAAAGAAAGCUGGCUGGUAUGCAUGGAGAAGCUCCAAAGCUCAGGCAGUCAAUGGAUGUUCUACAAGCGAAGGUUGGGAGCAAUCGGCUGGUAGUUGCUGAGCUGCUUAUAGAACUAGAGAAGGAGAGGUUUAGUAAAAAGAGAAUAGAGGAUGAUUUGGAUCUAAUGUCAAGUAAAGCUAAUUCUCUAAGAGAGAAGACAGAUAAUUCAGCAGUCCUUCAAAAACUUCUCCAUGAGGCCAAGGAGUACAGGGGAAUACUAAAGUGUGGUAUUUGUCAUGAUAGGCAGAAAGAGGUUGUGAUUGCCAAAUGCUACCAUCUCUUCUGUAAUCAGUGCAUACAGAAGUCACUUGGUAGCCGUCAGAAGAGGUGUCCAUCUUGUGGACUAAGCUUCGGUGUUAACGAUGUGAAACCUAUCUACAUAUGA